UAGAGGGCAGUCGCGAACUUCCUUUUGCAAGCUGCAAAAGUUUUGCUGCGCGUCAAAGUACGGGAGCUUAUCACAACAAAGAGGAGUUUGGCCGCGGCCAUCGCUGGGAAGGUUACAGUAUCCCGGGACACAGUUUGUAGCUGGGUCUUGGACGGAAGGAACAAAUUGCCGAGCUGAACGAUGUACCGGGAGCAGAGGAGUCGGUAGGAGCUGCGAACCAGCCGUCCGCCUUUCUUCUCCCCGCUGGAGAAAGCCGAGCAUUAGAGAGAGUUGGAACGAUAAUCCGCACCCACCUCCAGCUGCCGGAUCCCCGAGGAGGUACAGCACCCCCUUCUUCCCCAUCCCUGGACCAUGGCUUCCAUCAAAGCCAAAGCUCUUUACAGCUUCCAGAGUGAGAACCCCGAGGAGAUCAGCAUCCAAGAGAACGAACAGCUGCUGGUUUUUAACGAGAAGUCUUUGGAUGGUUGGCUGGAAGGCCAGAACAGCCGAGGGGACAAAGGGCUCUUUCCAGCUUCUUAUGUGGAAAUUCUCAAACCCAGUACACCCUUACCCUGUACUUCCAAUUCUGCUUUCACUCACCACUCACCAGGGAAUUACUCUGCAAUUUACUCCCCCAUUUCAGCCUCUUCCUACCAACAGGGCAGCUAUGAGGAAGAUGAUGAUGAUGAUUGGGAUGAUUGGGAUGACUCUUCCACUGUGUUUGAUGAACCUGGUGUAUCCAGUAACACCAAUGGCCACAAUCAUCUCCAUCCAUACACAGUCUCCCCGUAUCCUAAUGUGAUGUACAGGCAAAAACCAUCAGUGGAAAGGCAGGACAGCACUGCCAGCAGGCUCAGCACUAAAAGCAGUGCUGUGGGCAAGAACUUCAACCGCUUCUCAAGUUUUGUUAGAUCUGGUGGGGAAGCAUUCAUCCUGGGUGAAGUGCCUGCUAUCUUUAAGACUUCAGAAACCUAUAGUGUAGUGAUGAGCCCUGAUGGGCCUCAGUGGAGUGAGAGCCCUCAUCCCUUCACCUGUACCAUUGAGGAACCCACGAAGCAAACCAAGUUUAAAGGCAUCAAGAGUUACAUCUCCUAUAAGUUGACACCUAGUCAAACCAACAACCCCGUUUAUCGUCGCUACAAACACUUUGACUGGCUACACAAUAGGCUGCUGCACAAGUUCUCUGUCAUCUCUGUGCCACAUCUGCCAGAGAAACAGGCCACUGGCCGAUUUGAAGAUGAUUUCAUUGAGAAACGCAAGAGGCGUUUGAUUCUGUGGAUGGACCACAUGACAAGCCAUCCAGUGCUUUCCCAGUACGAGGGGUUUCAACACUUCCUGACUUGCACAGACGACCGGGCCUGGAAACAGGGAAAAAGACGGAUGGAGAAAGAUGAAUUAGUUGGUGCCAAUUCUUUCCUGACCAUCCAAAUCCCACAGGAACAUCAGGAUCUUCAGGAUGUGGAGGAGAGGGUGGACACGUUCAAAACCUUCUCUAAGAGGAUGGAUGACAGUGUGCUGCAACUGACCAAUGUGGCCACAGACCUCUGCCGCAAACAUGUUGGAGGCUUCAGGAAGGAAUUUCAGAAAUUAGGCAAUGCUUUUAAUUCAAUAAGUCAGGCUUUUGAAUUGGAUCAACCACACCUUGCAGUGCCUCUGAACAAGGCCAUUUCCAACACGGGCAAAACAUAUGAAGCCAUUGGAGAGUUGUUUGCAGAACAGCCCAAGAAUGAUCUGUUCCAUAUGUUGGACACACUUUCUCUGUAUCAAGGCCUACUGUCCAAUUUCCCAGACAUCAUUCAUGUUCAGAAAGGUGCCUUUGCCAAGGUGAAAGAUAGCCAGAGGAUGAGCGAUGAAGGAAAGAUGGAUCAGGAGCAGGUGGAUGGGAUAAAGAGACGAUGUCGAGUGGUAGGAUUUGCUCUACAAGCUGAGAUGAACCACUUCCACAAGCGCAGGAUCGUAGAUUUCAAGCGCAUGAUGCAGUCUUAUCUCCAGCAGCAAAUCGUCUUCUAUCAGAGAAUCAGCCAGCAGCUGGAGCAGAGUCUACAUUUGUAUGACUCAUUGUAAUAGAAUGCCCCUACUCCCUGAGACUCUGGGAGAUUAUACAGGACAAAGAUACUGAGGCUCCUCCAUGAUCCACUCGACUUGUCGACAAUCUCUCUAACUUUUCCCUAAAUCCUUUUGAAUCCUCUCCAACUUCAGUUGACUUCUGCCCAAUCCUCAACUCCUCCCUGAUCUCCUGAUUUCUCCCCAGACCCCAUGACCCCCCCAGACCCCUUGACUCCUCCCUAAUUUCUUUAACUCCAUCCCAAACCCUUUAACUCCUCCCCAAUCCCUGACUCUUCUCCAAUAGAUUUGACUGUUCCUAGUUCAUUUAACUCCUCCAAAUUCCCUUAACUCUAGCCAAUCCCUUCAACUCCUCCCUAGUCCCCUCAAUCCUCUGACUUCUCCCCAAUCCCCAUGACACUUCCAUAACUCCUCCCCAAUCUCUUGACUACACCCUGAUCCGUCAACACUUUUACAAAUUCCCUCCGUUCCCUUCAACUCCACCCCCGAUUCUUUAACUGUUCCCCCAAUUCCACAACUCCUCUCUAAACUCUCCAGCAUCUUUGCAACUCCUCCCCAACCCUUUCAGCUCUUUCCCCAAUCCCCUUGACUCAUUUCCCAAUUUCCUCAACUCCUCCCCAUCCCCUCAAUUCCUUCCCAAUGUCUUUAACUCACCUGAAUCCCCAGCUCUCCCUCAGUCACCUCGAUUCUUCUCCUGAUUUCGCUAACUCAUUCCCUAUUCCCUCAAGUCUCCCAACCCAAUCCCCUCAGUUCUACCCCACAUUCCUUGACAGUUCCUCCCAGUUGUUUCAUUUCUUUUGACUCCUUCCACAAUCCUUUUGACUCUUUUUCAUAAUCUCACUGCCUCUCCCCAAAACCUGUCAACUGCUUCCUUGAUCCCCUUGCCUCCAGCCCCAAUCCCCUCCACUCUCCUCAAUUCUGUUGAAUCUAUCCCCAAUCCCCCCCACUCCCCUUGACAUUUCCCUGAGCCCCUCGAGCCUUCCCUUGUCUCCAUGAUUCUCCUUCAGUCUCCUCGACUCUCUCCCAUUUCCCUUGACCAACUCUGAUCUCCUUAACUCUCCCUUGAUGCUGCUCAUGAUUGUCUUGAUCCCUCCCAUCUUUGAAGUCCUCCUCCAAUCUCCCCCAGUCCUCUCAACCCACCUCAACUCCUUCCCCAAUCCUCUCAAAUACCCCCAAACUCUCCUCCAAUCCCUCUGACUUUCCCCUAGUCCCGUUACCUCCUCCCUGAUUCCUUCACAGUACAGAUAAGUCUAUUAUUCAGAUGGAAUUUUAGCACCGGGAGCCAGUUCAUUGUGAGCUGGUUUCUGAUGUACUACAAGUUCACUUGUCCCUCUCCAUCAUCACUGCAAGUCUGGAUAAUUCGGAGCUGUUUACAUUGUGCUUUACGAACAAGUUCAGAGUGUGUUGUUCACCAGUACCAACUUCUUUGUAUGUUUCUGGGUAUUCUGUCAUUGUUUUGGAUUACAUUACCAAGGCAGGGCAAGUGGCAAGAUUCUGCUAAAUUACAUCCACUUCUACCAGGCUUAGAUUUUCUGGAAGACAUUCAAGCAGAAACCGCCAUCUUAACUGUGGAUGUUUCUAUCUUUGACACUUCAACAAGGUUGAUUUGAGAAAAAUGAGGGAAAUGGCAUUAUUUCAGAAGCAGUUCACUUCUUCCAGCUCCCAAGGUUUACAUUCAUUUCCUGACGGAUGAUAUGGCUUCACAUGAUAACCACCACCAGAAUUUGCUCUCAGUCUCAGACUGUGGCAGUUGUAGAAUGUCGCCACAAGAUAUUUGAACUGUUGUGAUAGUUAAUCAUUUUCUAUACAGGGACAUACAGGACAUCUUCAAGUACAAAUCUUUAGUAUUACAGGUAGGGUGUAAACUGUAGCAGAGUAAUUUGUUAAAAUUUGCUAAGCUAGAUACCAUGACUAUUGGGUUGGCAGAUUUGUUUUCUAUAAUGUUGGGUAUGUUUUGCUGAGAUUAAGGAAUUGGACUUUUAAAAUGGAAAAUAUUAACAGAACUAAAAACAAAAAAAAAGUGAGAACAUGAGGGAGGAUUAGAGGCCACUGCAGGAUGUGUGAGAAGGAGUGGCGAUGGAGACAGAGGAAUGAGAGGCUACGCUAGACAAAGGACAUCUUUACACUCUUCCAAACAGGUGUGCAAGUACCCAGAGAAAGUUGACUCAUUGUGGUUUAGCCUAUAGUUACGAUGUGCCAAUAUCCUAGCUCCUGGUGUGCUGGACAGUUCAAGGAGUACACUGCACUUUAGAUUGUAUUCUGUCAAACUCUUUCACUACAAUGUUAUUCAGAGCUGUAUAUCAUUUUUUUAAUUGUACACUGAUAAUCAGGGCUGGUUAUAUAACAGUGCUAUAUCGGCAAUAUUUAAUAUUCUCAAUAUAAAAAUGCAUAACGAUAACCAUACAUGAUCAAUAUGAGUAGAAUGUUCCAGAGAGACUGAGAACAACAUUGGUGUGAUUCAAAGGUGUAGGCUACUGUUGUGUACAGAUGCAUAGAAUCCCGACAGUGUGGAAACAGAAAUAAUAAAGUGUGAAGCUGGAUGAACACAGCAGGCCCAAGCAGCA